UGUGAUAAUGGUCAAUGCAUCAAUAUGGCAUUUUAUUGUGAUUUUAAAUUCCAUUGUCGUGAUAUGUCUGAUGAAAAACAUUGUGUUCGUCGACCAUGUUACGAAGACAUAGAAUGGAAGUGUUCAUCUGGUGAAUGUAUACCAUUUCAACAAAGAUGUAAUUUAAAAUCAGACUGUAAGGAUGGUUCUGAUGAAAGAAAUUGUGAUGUGUGCAAGGAUUCGACAUUUCAGUGUUAUGAUGGUAGAUGUAUAUCUAAAACAAGGGUUUGUGAUGGCUAUGUUGAUUGUAUGGGUCUUUAUGGCGAGGAUGAAGGACCAACAUGUACCCGUAAAUCACAAACAUCUUGUGGAUCCUGGAAUGCUUUAGGAGUUACUGAAAAUGGGAAAUAUCAACUGUAUAUCAAUAAUGAAACAUUUGAAGUUGAGUGUACUUUUAAUGAUGAUAAAGUAAAUACAGUAUUUCAUCAUGACAUGGAAGAUUUGAACUACGUUGGAUACACCGAUCUCGAUCAAAAUAUACAAUACAGUGCAUCGUUAGCGACUAUAGCUGUUUUUAAAGAUACGGUUUUACAAUGUCGCCAGUAUUUAGAUAUUGGCUGCCACCAAUUAGUAUGGGCAUAUGACAGUGAAAAUUAUUGGCAUGAUAUUAAUGGACAAACACAGCUGUUCUCAAGUGACAGUAAAGACAAAGAUGCCUGUUCUUGUAUUUUGAAAGAUUCGUGUACACAGAACAUAACCAAGUGUAACUGUGACUCGGAAUUAUCAGCCUGGUUUUCAAUGGAUGACAAUGCAUGGAUGAAAGACCAUGGUUAUAUAGAUGACAAGGGUUUACUUCCAGUGACACUUAUAAGAAUGGAAUCAGUACGGGUAUUGCAAGGCCUAAAAAUUUACAUCGGACCUCUGGAAUGCGAAGAAGACACCCACAUGAAAAACAAUUUUUUAUUAUGUGACAGUGGUAUAGUUGUACCAGCAACCACAAGGUGUAUUUUAGAUUAUGAUGUAUUUGGUGUUGAAACAGGGUGCAGAGAUCUGUCACAUCUUAAUGGAUGUGCUAAUUUCGGGUGCCCCCUUGACCAUGUUAAAUGUCCAGAGAGUUACUGUUUACCUGUACGGAAUGUGUGUAAUGAUAAAGCAGAUUGUCCAAACAAAGAGGAUGAACAAAACUGUGAUGAUUGGUCUUGUGAGGGUUACUUUAAAUGUAGAGAAACAAAGAUAUGUCUACCAUGGAAGGAAGUGUGUGAUGGUAUAAAGCAUUGUCCUGAGGGUGACGACGAGCUGCUUUGUGAUAAUACUUGUCCUCCUCGAUGCACUUGUGAUGGUCUUAUUGUAAAAUGUACCGAAUUCUACAACGAUACUUUAAGCGUUUUGAACACGAAUACCACAUACUUAGAUUUAAAGAAUGCACAUUUCUUUCAAGAUCCGAAUUUUCAAUCCCUAGAAAAUCUGGGUUAUUUAGAUUUGUCGUUCACAAAUAUCAAGUACAUAUCAAAAGAAAUGUUUAAAAAUCUGUAUAAUCUUAUUCAUUUAAAUCUCGGUUAUAAUUCUAUAACUAAAUUGGGGAAGCAUACAUUUUAUGAUCUUAAAAAUUUACGGUUCCUAAACUUACUGGGUAAUAAAGGUCUAGCUGCCAUAGAGCCCUUGGCUUUUGAAGGAUUAAGUAAUUUGAAACAUUUAGACCUAUCUGGAAUGAGUUUAGAAACAAUAGUGUUUGAAACAUUUAGUGGUUUAUCUGCUGUUGCAACUUUGAAUCUCUCUGGAAAUGGUAUCUACUCCAUCAAAGAUAAGGCUUUUGACUCAUUGGGUGGAUUAAGUAUGUUAGAUCUUCAGAGAAAUGACAUUGGUCAGUUCAGUGGUUUAAUAUUCGAUGGUCUUUCAAAUCUGUCAUAUCUCCAUACCGAUAGAUAUACAUUUUGCUGUCUGAAACCAACAUCAGUUCUGGCUGAAAACUGUUUGCCAGAACCGGAUGAAUUUUCGUCUUGUUCGGACCUGAUGAAGAAUGAAACUUUAAGGAUUUCUAUGUGGUUUCUUGGUCUAAUUGCUCUGAUAGGAAAUCUCUUUGUUUUACUCUAUAGAGCAAUAUUUGACUCUACAGGCUUCAAGAAAAGCAAUGGGAUCAUAGUUGCUAAUCUAAGUCUUGCUGAUUUCUUCAUGGGAAUAUACAUGUUAAUUAUUGCCAGUGCCGAUGUAUUGUAUCGAGGAACAUACAGCUGGAAUGAUGUUUGGUGGAGAAACAGUUAUGUUUGUAAAUUAGCAGGAUUCAUAGCUACAUUUUCAUCUGAGGCGUCGGUAAUGUUUCUUUGCCUUAUAACAAUUGAUCGAGUGAUCGCUAUCAAAUUUCCAUUCAGUAAAUUGAAGAUUACAAAGAAAUCGGCAGCCUUAUAUGUAUCAGCAAUUUGGAUUCUUAGUCUAUGCUUUGCAUUCUUUCCCCUUAUUGCGACUUCAUACUUCAAGGAUCAGUUUUUCUCAAGAACUGGUGUUUGUCUUGGCCUGCCUCUAACACGAGAUAGAUCUCCAGGCUGGGAAUACGGAGUGGGCAUCUUUAUUGUAUGGAACUUUAUUUGUUUUGUUGUAAUUGCAUUGGGCCAAGGUUUAAUUUAUCACGAAAUCAGACAAAGCAGUCAGCGUCUCCAGUUCCAACGAAAAUCGGAUAUGACCGUUGCCAGGAAGCUGUCCUUCAUCGUGAUGUCCGACUUCAUUUGCUGGUUUCCCAUUUGUGUUUUAGGACUAAUGGCUUUAAGAGGUUACGUAAUACCAGGGGAGGUCUAUGCUUGGACAGCUGUGUUUAUACUUCCUAUCAACUCCGCUUUAAAUCCGAUAAUUUAUACUGCAUCGUCAAUACAGAUGAAACAGGUCGUAAGAAAGCUUACCAAUCGUGCCAAUACACGAUCUAAGAGUAUGAGGGAUAGCACUGAAACAACAGAGAUACAAAAAGGAGUACACGAUAUCCGAUCUUCAGAAUUAUUCAAAAUAGAUCCACCCCAAGAUGCUGUUCGCUUGACUGAUUACCUACAUUCCAACACUGAUUUGUCGAUGUUCUUAGAGAUUACAAUCAGGAUUGCAACGUCAAUGAACACACUUCAUAAGAAUGGUUUCGUGCUUGCGGAACUCAGUGAAAGUCAACUGUUUGUGUAUGCACAUGAAGGGAAAGUACAGCGAUUAUGUAGUAGUAUUCUACCAAUACAGUCAUGUGAUUAUGAUGAGCUACAACAUGAUAUUAAAUUGUUUGGAAUUCUUGUGUCCAAAAUCCUUAAAGCCUAUACAGUUGGUAAAAAGAAACUAGAAUAUGGGAUAUGAAGUAAUUCCGGAAUUUCAUUGGAAUACCUUUUUUUGGAGAUCUAUAACCACCUCUUCUUUUCAUUGAAAUACUAAAUAGUGGCUUGUAUUUGUCCGAUAUUUGUUUUUGUUUUUGUUUUAUUUUGGUGCACAAUUGUAUGUUUAAAAGUGUAUAAAUCUAAUGGUCCCAAUAAAGUGGUUGCUGUAGUAUGUAUAUUAUAUAAUCCCUUUAAUAAAAUAGAAUUAUAAUACGCAAGGUUUCAUAAUUAAUGAUAUUAUUUAUUAUAUGAAACCGGGGAUUAAAUUAAUCUAUUCAUAUUACCUAUCGAGAAAGCUACAAUGUUUUAACCAGUCAAACACCACAGGCGUCCAAUGUAAUCAUAUACGUGCAAUCAGUCUGACAAAAUUAAUAUACCAUUUAACAAAAGAGGAAUUUAUCAAUCAAAUAAACUCUAAAAGCAUGUUUGUAAAUCAAUCUUUUGCCAUUUACCGAAAACAUAUUGACAGAUUAAAAUAGGGUGAAUUUAACAAGUAUAAUGUAUUUUAUGUAUAACACACUUUUCAAAUAUUGAAUAAUGCAUUUAAUUGAACCAUUGUAUCGUGUUUACGGGGUUGCCUAUUUGUUUGAU